AUCCCGCAAAUGGUGAUCUUGAGCAGGCCAUCCUCGAAAACAACGCUUCAAAACGAUCACCACCUCUGAAAUCUGAAUCGGGUAAAAUAAGAAGAAGAAAAGGAUCACAUCUGGACUUCGCAAGUCAGAAAUGGCGAUUGCUCUAACAACCUCAUCGGCCCUAUCCAAACCCACGCCACUGCACUUCUCUUCUGGUUUUUAUCUGAGGCCGGCUGAUAAAAGUUUGUGUCCCGCGACAUUGUCUAUGAAUCCUAGACGUGCCAGAAACUCAUCUCUCUCAAGAAGCUUAUGUUUGGUUCAAGCAAGACAUAGCGAGAGCGACAGUUGGAGCUCAGGUGCAUUUGUUGGCGGCUUCAUUUUGGGAGGAUUAGUUGUCGGUACACUUGGUUGUGUCUUUGCACCUCAGAUAAGUAGAAGAUUAUCUGGAGAUGAAAGGAAAGAGCUCAUGAAGAAAUUGCCCAAGUUCAUAUAUGAUGAAGAAAAAGCACUUGAAAAGCAGCGCAAGAAACUGGCGGAGAAGAUAAAACAGCUGAACACAGCUAUAGAUGAUUUUUCCACUCAGAUGAAGCAGGGAGACAGACCAGAAGAAGCUGGGGUUCACCAAUGAGAAGAGCUUCUAUUAUUUGCAUAGUUUGCACAUUCUCAGAAGCUCUUAGCUUUUGCAUUUAUAUCUAUGGAGUAUUUGAAUGGAGGGAGGGGGUGAUGAAUGUGAUCUUUUCUAAAAUCAUGAAUUAUAUGUUGAUUACAUUUCCCCUUUUGCCCCCCAUUGCUUUGUCAAGGCUUGUGAACUUGUAAUGUUGCUUUUGCUCAAUGUGGGAAUAUAUACAUAGAGUUUAUUAUGCUGUUUUCUUUGAUUCUUUCAAAUGGGGAGUGCAAUGGGCAAUAGUCGGUAAUAAUAUUUGGCUAGCAUG